AUGCCUUCACAUGCCUCUAAUCAUGAGCCGGCGCACACCUACGCAGACGACUUGACGGCGCAACUUGCUCGUACGACUCUCGCUAACGACCGCGAGGCUGAUAACAACUCCAACAACAUGGCCGAAGCCACUUCACGUUCCGGCGAGACCGCCACACAAGAAGAGUGCCCGCUGUUCAAGCUGCCCGGUGAAGUGCGCAAUCACAUCUACGGCUACGCGCUUUCGAUGGAAGGAAAGAUUGUCGUUCGGUAAGUCAAGGACUCUCGCAUAUUGGUCUCCGUGCUAACCAAACAUCGUGACCACAGUGGCAGAUCCUGGAAUUUUCGCACCCACACCGUUCCAAGCCUCGCACAGACCUCCCGCAGACUGUACAAAGAAGCAAUGGCCAUCUUCUACGACUGCAAUACCUUCCAGCUGAAGACUUUGGUCGACAUCCAGAAGUGGGAGCCAUUCAAGACCGGUACGUCUAGCUCCGUCAACAGCUUCUCGCACUGGCUUCACCUCGAGCUCGAGUCUUCAAUCCGCUAUCACCACACUCUGAGACAGUACGGUCUUCAACCUACCAAUUUGUUCGACGAGAAGAUCUCUGACUCUGAGAUCGCGGAUUUGAAGGCUCGCGGUGACAGCCAGAUCCUGGCGAGCGUGACGGUAGUAUGGGCCACCCAUGAGAAGAUUUUGGCUUCGCUAGCAGAGCAGCCCCGGAGGAGGCCGUUUCUGAGCGUACGAGAUCUCGAGAUGGCAGCUGCAGCUCGCAAGCCAGGCUGGAAGGAGGUGCUUCUUUUGAUGACGGGCGGCGAUAGCGGUUGA